CGCCUUAAGAGAUUGUGGAAAAUCCUUCUAUUCGUGAAAGACACUUAAUAUAAUACUGCCUCAGUACCACACCUAGUUCUCUCCGAAUCUACCGCAUCAGCACCUACGAAGAUGUACCACAAGACUGCUGCUGUCUUUGGCUUGGUUGCCGUGACUGGCGCCGCUGCUUCCACCGCCGGUACCGCUGGGGGAUACCCUGCUUACCCCGUCAACAACACCGCCCCGACCUCCGUCUGGCAGUACUACAACACUACUGUCCCGACCACCGUCGUAGUGCCCCAGUUCACCACCGUCUGCCCCGAGGCUACGACCAUGACCUACAACGGCAUCCAGUACACUGUUACUAAGGGCCAGACGGUCACCGUUACGGACUGCCCUUGCACUAUCACCACCGCCGUCCACACCCUGACCUCCUCCCUCUGCCCUCCCGGCGUCACCCCCGCCGUCGUCGUCCCCGCCGUCUCCACCGGCAUGACGUACCCCGGCGAGACGGCUGCCCCCGGCACCCCCGCCGCGCCGGGCACCCCCAACCACCCCGCCCCCGCCCAAGGUGGUUCUCCCCCGGCCGUCGGCACCAGCGGCGCGGCGCCCGUCGCCAACAACCCUUCCAACACGCCGAACGCGCCCGCCGGUACCGCCGGCUACACCCCGUCCCCGGUCCCGUCGGGCAUCGUGGUCUCCGGCGCCGCCGGCAGCUCGGGCUUCGCGGCCGCGCUGUUCGGCGCUCUGUUGGGUCUUGCCGUUUUGUAAAGGACGAACGGAACCGAACGAUCGAUCGGGCAUGCUGCUAGGCGUUGGUCUGUCCUAGCUUCUCUACUUCUACGAAGAAAGGGGUUUAACACUGGCCUGUGUGUGUGUGUGUGUGUAUGUGUGUGUGGCACGCUUGAAAGAAAGAAAGAAAGAAAGAGAGGCCAAGAAAAGAAAUGAUCAGUUAUCGAGGAAACGAACGGGCCGUAGAGUUCUCCCCGCGUCGUUCGCACAAAAUCAGGAAUAUCAUGUCUAUUUUCUUUUCCUCUCCUUUUUUUCCAGACACUUACUCUAUCAGAGAAAAUUUCCUUUGUUAUUUAUUUAUCAUC